AUAUGUAUGUACGUACACGGACCUGGACCAAUCACAUCCUGUGACGUCCGGUGACGUAGGGCAGCGGUGGCACUUCCGCGUUUGUUUUUCUGAUCUGAAACGAAAGCACACGUCGAAUUUCAGGAUGCAUCUGUCCAGGGUUGGAAUUUAUAUGAAGAGGAGAAAGCGGGGCUGAUAUCUAAGUCUGAACGUUAUAGUCUUCAUCCAUCUGGCCAUCAUACUCAACACCUCUUCAGAUUGGUGCUUGUCCCCUUUCCCCUCGCCAACAUGCUGUGUUGGGGGACCGCAAAGGAUGGACAACUGGGUAUUGGUCUGGAGAGGAACCCAGUGUUUGAGCCCAGGAACUGUCCAGUGUUCAGUGGCAGGGGACUGAAAGAGGUCGCCUGUGGAGGGCUACACUCAAUGUUCCUGCUGCAUGAUGGCAGUGUGUACACAUGUGGCUCUAACGGCUGUGGACAGCUGGGCCACGACAAACCAGGGACUUCUCCGGAGCUGGUAGGAGCUCUGGACACUCAGAAGAUAACGGUGGUGUCGAGCGGUCGGGCCCAUUCUAUGGCGGUGAAUGAGCAAGGUCAAGUUUUUGCCUGGGGAGCUGGUGAAGGGGGUCAGCUCGGCCUGGGCACCGCAGAGGUGGCUGUUCGAAUCCCAAGGUUGGUCAAAAGAUUGUGUGACCAUCGCAUCUCCCAAGUCAUGUGUGGAAAUCAGCACUGCAUCGCACUUUCUAGAGAUGGCCAGCUGUUCACGUGGGGCCAGAACACCAGUGGUCAGCUCGGCCUGGGGAAAGGAGAGACCAGCAAGCUGUUCCCUCAUCCCCUCAAGUCCCUGGCUGGUAUUCCUUUGGCACAGAUAACCGCUGGGGGAGACCACAGCUUUGCGCUCUCCUUGUCCGGUGCAGUGUUUGGUUGGGGCAAAAACAGAGCGGGACAACUGGGCCUCAAUGAUAAACAAGACCGUGCUGUCCCUUGCCACAUCAAAUUUUUGAGAUCUCAAAAAGUUGUGUACAUCAGCUGUGGAGACGAGCAUACGGCAGCACUCACAAAGGACGGUGGUUUGUUUACGUUUGGCGAUGGCUCGUGGGGUCAGCUGGGUCACGGCUCCACCAACAAUGAACUUUUACCCAGACGAGUGCUGGAGCUCAUGGGUACUGAGGUGUCCCAGAUCACCUGUGGCAGGCACCACACGCUGGCGUUUGUGCCUUCCUCUGGUAUGGUGUAUGCGUUUGGAUGCAACAGCCAUGGCCAGCUCGGCAUUGGGAUACUGGGGGAUGCUAGAAGCCCAUUUCCUGUGAAGACCAGUUUGCUGACUGGUCAUUUCCAUCGAACAGAAUCAAGACAAUAUAUUGUGACCAAAAUCAACUGUGGAGGAGACCAUAGUUUCUUAUUUUACUCUAAUGAACAGCGCUCCGCUCCCCCGGACGACUUCAGAGUGAUCAAUAUCAGUAAGAGCCUCUCCCCAAUCAACUAUGAAAGGUUAAAUUCAUGGAGGUUAAAACUGAUGUACAGCACAGAUUCCAGUGUCACAAACGAGAUCAUAAUCCAACUGUCCUCCACUGCUUGUUGGAAUGCCAGCUUCCUGGACCAAAGCGAUGAUGUCCACUUCAAGACCAACCCAAAGAUGCCAGGCAUCGACCUCAACUCUGUCCGAUUGCUGUUUGAGACGCUCAGCAAACCGGCCUUCUCUGGGCUUCUGGAGCAGGCCACCAAGAGUUUUGAGAGCCUGUUGAUCCCUCAGCUGCCGCACUCUCCUCCCGACGUCGAGGCCAUGAGGAUCUACCUCAUCCUGUCCGAGUAUCCGGCCCUGCGAGACUCCAAGAACUACAUCCGCCUCACUAUCCCGCUGGCAAUGGCCGUCCUCCGGCUCGACGCCAACCCCAGCAAAGUAUUGGACAACUGGUGGUGUUUUGUGGACGGUAGCGUUUUCACCAGAAUGGUCGACAUGUACAAGAGCAUCGUCGUGUUCAUGCUGACGGGAGGAAAGACACUGCUCGUGCCGGUGUUCUACGAGAACUAUUUUCUUGCCACACUGAGGCUGCUGGAGAAACUGCACAAGGUAAACUUAAAGGCCCACCACGUGGAGUACAACCGCUUUUAUAUCCCUGACAUCACCAGUCUGGUGGACAUUCAGGAAGACUACCUCAAAUGGUUUCUGAGCAAAGCUGAGAUUAAAGUUGGAUCAUCCCCUUCGCAGAGUGACUUCCCCCCAGUGAACCUAUGUGCCUAUCCGUUCAUACUGAACGCCCAAGCCAAGACGACUAUGCUGCAAACAGACGCUGAACUGCAGAUGCAGAUGGCAGUGAGCGGUGCAAACCUACACAAUGUCUUCAUGCUGCUCACGCUGGAACCCCACCUCGCCAGAAACCCCUACCUGGUGCUACAUGUGCGCAGGGACCAUUUAGUAAGUGACACUCUGCGCGAGCUCACCAUGUACUCUGACGUGGACUUGAAGAAACCGCUCAAGGUGAUCUUCGAUGGGGAGGAGGCCGUGGACGCAGGCGGAGUCACGAAGGAGUUCUUCCUGCUGCUUUUAAAGGAGCUGAUGGAUCCUGUGUACGGGAUGUUCACUCAUUACAAAGAGUCCAACCUGCUGUGGUUCUCAGACAAAUGCUUUGUGGAGCAGAACUGGUUCCACCUCAUCGGGAUCAUCUGCGGUCUGGCCAUCUACAACUCCACCGUGGUGGACCUCCACUUCCCCCUGAUUCUCUACAAGAAGCUGCUCGACGUACCUGCAACGCUGGAGGACUUCAAGGAGCUCUCCCCCACCGAGGCCAGGAGUCUACAACAACUUCUAGACUAUGAGGGAGGUGAUGUGGAGGAGACGUUUCUUCUCAACUUUGCUAUCACCAGGGAGAACUACGGGAUGACAGAAGUCAAGGAGCUGAUCCCUGGAGGAGAGAGCGUCAGUGUAGACAGAAACAACAGGAAGGAGUUUGUCGAGGCCUACCUGCGCUACGUGUUCUCGGACUCGGUGAGCGAGCAGUACUCGGCCUUCUCCUCUGGUUUCCUGAAGGUGUGCGGAGGGGAGAUCCUGUCGCUGUUCCAGCCGUCAGAGCUGAUGGCCAUGGUGGUCGGCAACAACAACUACAACUGGGAGGAAAUGGAGAAGAACACUGUUUACAAAGGGGAAUACACAGCGACUCAUCCAACGGUCCGAUUAUUUUGGGAGGUAUUCCACGAGUUCCCUCUGGAAAAGAAGAAGCAGUUCUUGUUGUUCCUGACUGGCAGCGACCGAAUCCCCAUCCACGGCAUGGAGAGCCUGCGCAUCAUCAUCCAGUCGACCACGGCUGAGGAGCACUACCUCCCCGUGGCCCACACCUGCUACAACCUGCUGGACAUGCCCCGCUACCAGACCAAAGAGAUCCUCCACCGCCGCCUCACUCGGGCCGUGGAGCAGUACGAGGGCUUCAGCUUGGUCUGAGGGAUGGCGGGGGGGGGAUCUGCAGCAGUUUGAACGCACUUUAACAGCAAUACACACAACGUCACGUAUGUCAGUGUCAACACAGUGUGAGGGAGGGGAGGGAGGCGGGGCUUCGAGACACAGGAAGGUCACUGUCUUCACAUGCGCUUACAAGAUUGUUAGGCAUCUUGAAUAUGAAAAAGGUCUAUCUAUGUAAAUGCAGAGCGUUUUCUUUUUGGUUUUCAUUGCUUUGGGCAAUAAGGAGCUGACAUGGAUUUGUUCAGAAUAUAUAUAUAUCAUAGUCCUAAAAACAACAACAACAAUACAAUAACCCUAAAAGGUUUAGGACCAGAAAUCAAAGGCCAGUGAAGGUUGAGAAACUCUGACUUUGAAUGUUUGCAUAGUUUUAAUUUUUGUCUUUUUCUUUUUUGCACUGGUGUGUUAUAUUUUAUAUUUGACGUAUUAAAUUCUAUUUUUCACCUUUAAACAAUUGUUAUUACCUUGAGACAAUACAGCAUAUCUAAUUUUUGUUUCUGUUAAUUUAUUAAAUAGAGUGGUUAUUUUUUGGACAAAGUAAAUAUGUAUAAAUGUGUAUGUGCGUGCGUGUGUGUAUUUGUAAAUAGCACUUUGAAUACAAUAUUUACUCCUGACUUUGGUAGGAAUUCUCAGCAAGCUUUUCCUCUCUGCCAGGGUAAAUGACGUGUAUCUGACAGGCUGCAGUGUGAAACAUGGUGAAUAUUAUUUUCAAUCUCUUCUUCUCUUUUAGCUGUGGAUCACAGAGCAGCUGACCUCGUCUUACACCUGCAUUCAAAAGUGUUGCCUUCUGUAUGGACAUGCUGACUUCUUAAAGUUGAUUUUUACUGGCCGUGGUCCGUGUGCAUGUUGUUGAGUGGGAGAAAAAAAGAAAAAACCUGUUCACCAUGGAAACGUUUGACAUUCUGAGUUAUAUGCUUAUAAGUCAUGGUGGAUAAUCAGUUGAAAGACUUACGACUGUCCCAAUGCUGCAUUCACGUACCGCCCCGACUUGGGAGCGUUCACGUGUUCAUGUUAUUGUGUUUCAAAUUUUGUUCUAGUUUGUUACCAUGUGAAAUUAAAUACAGAGUAUAGCUCAUAUUGAAUUAGCAGAGUGGAUUGUGUUAGUGGAAAUAUUAGAUUCUGUUUUAACAACCAAUGUUUAUAACAGUUUUGUUGAUAUUUCGCGUAGUUCUUCUGACAGUGUCCGGAUUACAAGUUUUUUUCCCCCCACACUUGAAGGCAGCAUCAGAGUACAACUAGCAGACAGUUAGCUUAGCACAAACAAAAUGAGCUCACAGAUUAAAACGUUAUACCUCGUUUGUUUCAUCACAAUAAUUUGUGCAAAAAAGAAAAAGAGUUUUUCUGUUUUUACAGUUGGUUAAAUGUGACCCGAAGAAAAAGAGAUUUCUGUUCGAUGAAAGCCACUAAAAAACGACUAAACUUUAUCGUGUUGUUCUUGUGGCUGUUACCAAACACAGUGCUACUGUAAUAUUUAGAAAGCAGAGCUGGAAAUAAUACAUUCAGUCACUUACUUGUACAGUUUCACGUUUUUGUUUUAUUGGAAAAAGGGAAAAUAUUUAAUUCCACUACAUUUAUUUGCCUGCUUUAGGUAAAUGUAUACUUUACAAACUAAAGAUUUUUGCAUUUGAAACAUGAAGCACUGUCAAAAUAUAUAAAAUAACUAAAUCGACAAGUAUAGAGCUCAAGUAAUUUGAAGUGUAAAUUGAAGAUUAUUUAAACAUUUUUUAUUACAGUUUGUCAUUUUAAAUGUAAAUCUUUUUUUAUAGUUUUGUGACGAUUUGCUGUUUUUCAUUUUAGUAUAUGUUUGUUUCUUUUUACGGGUUUCGAUGUUUGGAGUGAUGGAUAAAACACGUUAACGGUUUGUUAAUUGAUUGAUAAAGAAUAAUAUUUAUGGAAAAUAGUAUUGGACAAAAAUCAGCUUAGCUGCAGCUACAACGUAGCAGAUCAGUAGUAAUGAUGUGAUGAUGUAAUAUUUGUCCUACCGCUAACUUGAAGUACAUUUUCCUGAUUAUUACUGAAAUAAUUUUACUCAAGUAAUAUUUUCAAUGCAGUACUGAAACUUGUAUUGGAGUACUUUAACCAUUCGGUACCGUAACUUAUGUAAAAAGCUCUGAACACUCAGACAAAUGUGACGACACCGUAAUACCCGGUAACACCCGUAGCUUUGCCUAGCAACUGCUUGGCGACAGAAUUGUUCAAUUAACACUCUACUUAUUGGUACAGAUAAAACAAAGGAGUUAUAAAUGAUUAAUUACUGAGUGCAUUUCUCAAAAUGUCCCUCAAAAAACCAAAAUAUAUUAAAAUGAACAUUCUUAAUUAUAAUUAUCUGUUUCCAAGUUGCAAAAUUAGCUGUUUCCAACUUAAAUAUAUUUUAUAUAUAUAUAUAUAUAUAUAUAUAUAUGAAUAUAUAAAUCUUGCCCUGAUACUGUAUUUACUUCUACUGAAAAGUCAAACCUAAACUAGGUCGUGCAAGUGUGUGAAAUGGUCUUGCAUAUAGCCUCUAUAUUUAUUUAUAUAUAUAUAUAUAUUUCAUACACGUCUAUGGUGUCAAUGUGACUUCAGACAGUGAAAUGACUUGAUGUGCUCUGACAUCAUUCAGCAAUAACAACCUGACAGCCCAACAGUGUCGUGAUGACUCUGGGUCUUCUGAGAUGCUUAUACCUUAGAACAGUUCAUCAUAUUUCCUAGCUCUCGUUCUGCAUGUUCCACACGUCCAGUCAAUAUUUGUCUAAUUCAAGAUGAUUUCUCCUGCAGAGUCUAAUCCUAUGCAACCUCGACACUUCUGCACCCUCCGUUGUGCUACAAAAAGUGUCUUUUUUCUUUUUCUUUUUUUGGAUAUUGUCAUUAAUGUACACAAUUACUACAUCUACUGCUGUUCCAGCCAAAUGUUUUUGAAAUAAACAAUAGUGUAAAAAUGUU